AUGCCUAACACCUGGUCUUGUGCCUCCUCGCCCACCCACGCCCACACACACUCAUCCAGCAGGUACAACCCCCACAUAGAGACUGGUGUGGAAGUGGGUGUGGGUGUGGGCGUAAAUGUGGGUUUCGAAGAGGAUUGUAACUGGACUCCCAACCCCGCCUACGUCGCGCCCAUGAAGCGAAUAUCUUCCUCCUACCGCCUUCACUGUUACAAGGUGAAGGCUAAGUGUGUGAGGUGGCCGCUCAUCACCUGCGGGCCCGUCCUCAACUGGCUGGAGCUUGACAAUCGCGGUCAUCGCCUCAUAGUCACCGAUGACUCGGAUAUCAACACCCCCGCCGUCGCCGCUGCCUAUGUCGUCAAGCGCUACAUCGCCCAGGCCUCCGACGAGAUAUCCUUUGAGGUUGGCGACAUGAUCAGUGUGAUCGACAUGCCGCCACCCGAGGAGUCCAUAUGGUGGCGGGGUAAGAGAGGAUUCCAGGUGGGCUUCUUCCCCUGUGAGUGUGUCCAAGUCAUCGGCGACAAGGUGCCACAGACAAUCCAACCCCAAACUCUGACAUUGCCUCCUGCCCGGACACAACCGCCUGUUGCUGCUGCGCAUCAGCACCACACACUGCAUUCAGGCACACAAGCUCCUACCAAGCCAGUCUUGAGAAAGCAUGGCAAACUCAUAGCCUUCUUUAGGAGCUUCAUUCUGUCUCGACCCUCGCGGCGGAAGCUGAAGCAGUCUGGUAUCCUGCGUGAGCGGGUGUUUGGCUGUGACUUGGGAGAGCAUCUGUUAAAUUCUGGCCAUGAAAUCCCUAUGGUGUUGCGGUGCUGUUCAGAGUUUCUGGAGAGCCAUGGUGUUGUUGAUGGUAUCUACCGGCUCUCCGGCAUCACUUCUAACAUCCAGAAAUUAAGAAAUGCUUUUGACGAGGAUAGGAUACCUGAUUUAUAUGGGGACGAUAGCAUUGUUCAAGACAUACACUGUGUUUCAUCAGUGCUCAAGAUGUAUUUUCGAGAGCUGCCUAAUCCUCUCCUGACUUAUCAGCUGUAUGAGAAAUUUGUGGAAGCUGUGAUGCGGGAUGAGGACAUAAGGCUUUUGUACUUAAGAGAUGUGGUUCAACAGUUGCCUCCUCCACACUAUAGAACACUCGAAUACCUUGUGCAGCACCUGGCAAGAGUUGCUUCACAUAGUCCAGAAACGGGUAUGACAGCCAAAAAUAUAGCCAUUGUGUGGGCACCCAACCUCUUGCGAUCUAAGGACUUAGACAUGGGUGGUGUUGCAGCUCUUCAGGAUGUUGGGACACAAGCAGUAGUGACGGAGUAUCUCGUGCGAUAUGUGGACCUUAUUUUCAAUGACAAAAUACCAACCUUCUCACAUUCCACCAAUGGGAUGGACGGAACACCAAAGAAAUCACGUCCAAAAUCUCUUGCCAUAUCUACUCCCACCAAGCUAAUAUCAAUUGAAGAGGCAAGGUCUAGGGCUCUCACCACAGCCAUAAAGCCAGACCAGAAGUACAUAGAAGUGGGUGGAGGUCCCCAGAAUUUACCCCCAAAAUACCAUACUGUAAUUGAACUACCAAGUCGAAAAGGUGGCAGCCUGAAGCAGAAGAAAUCUCCUUCAGGAUGGAAGAGCAUAUUUAGUAAGGGUCGUAGCGUGCACAAGCAUCCAAGAAAAGCAUCUACACCGAGCGAUAUACACCUAAAUAUUUCGGACUCAUUGGUGACUGAGGCAGAUAUUGCCCCUUCCUCCUCCAAGCGCCUCCGACCUGUCAAGUCAGUUGAGUCCCUCAUCUCGGCCUCAGCCUCCUUGCACUCAAACAGAAAUUCACAGGCACUAGACUCGCCAGAGAAGCGGGAGAUGUUAAUUUGGGAGAAAUAUGAGAGGUCUCCACAGGAUGAUCGUGAAAGCAGAAGCAGCUCCAUGUCCAGUCCCAUCCCUUCUCCUCGCACACACAACCGAUCAGUUUCGCAUGAUUCUUACUUUAACAAUCUUGAAAGUCGGUCAAAUAACUUACCUUCCCAAGUGCCAGUCAAAGAGGAAGGCGAGAGUGAUAUAGAUUUCUCACCAGAUAAUUCAAGAAUGUUUCUGGAUAUUAGUGAGCUUGAUUUGAACUUUAGUACCAGUGAGAAAGACUUGAAAGGCUUUGAGGUGGACACUCUAAAAUCAACUUCAGUUGAGGAUCCAGACAAUAUGUCCAGUUCUACAUUGGAUAUGGAAAAUUUGAGUAUGUGUUCAGAGACUGGUAGAAGUAAAGAGAAUUUAAGUCCCAGGCCAGAGAAAAAGAGUCUGAAGGAAAAAUUUAAACACAGGUUUACUUCCCCACCCAGUCAACGAAGAAAUGACCCAGGUGUAAGUGAUUCUAGUGAGGACUCGCGAAACAAUAGCUUAAAAAGGGCUUCAGCAACUCUCAAGGAUAAGAUUGUCCAUGCUCUCAGCCCAGAAACUUCUCGUCGUCGUACUGAGACUUCCCCAAGGCCAUCUUCCCCGUGCAGUUCUCCAAAAUUUAAGCAUGUCCGUACAGUAGAAACAGAUAGAAAAGAUGGCCACGUCUUAAAACCAGAAACCUCUAGUUUCAUAAGAGGAGCUAGAUUAUUACCCGAGUGUGAAAGAAGUAGAGAAACAAUAACUGCAGAAAUACAUGUGGAGGCAGAAAGUCAAGAGUGUGAUGAUACUCCAUCAAGAAUUAGUAUGGUCAGUGCCCUCAUAGAUCCAGAACUAUUAGAUAAAAUAACACACUUGAGAACAUCUCCUUCAGUUAGUGCAUCAGAAGUAAGCAGCACCUCUCUUGCUGAAGCUACUGUAUCAGAUAAUGAGAGUUUCACAUUGGGAAGCAGCAGCAGUGGAGUGGGUGUAGGAGGAAAUGGAAGAGAAGUGUUCUCAGAUAGUGUUAGUAGCAUUGCGCCAUCAUCUACAGUAGUGACUCCAGUUGCACCUUCAGUUGCCAUUGUUGCUGAAAAAUCUGAGUCACAACACAUUAUCCCCAUUACUCCAGUUACUCCUGUAACUCCCAUUACACCUGUCACUCCUGUAACACCAGUGCAAGAAGACUUCACACCACAACAAGAACUUCCCAAAGCUCGGCCAAAUUCAUUGCUUGGCUUACCAACAGCAGAGCUGUUGACCCUAGGGUCUGCACUCACUUCUCCAGAGACUCCCCAGGGUGACUCCACAUUCUUGGAAAUUCAGUAUCACCCCUUAAGUGACACAACUGAACCUUCCACUCCUAGUGAGUCCCAGUUUGUUCAGGACUUAGUAAGUAUGGGACAACCAGUUCCAUAUCCACCUGCUAUUGAGGAGCCUCGACAGUCAAGCCCCUUGUCAAUAGAUUUGAGCAGUAGUGAUGACCCUACUGAAGAAGGUCCAAUGUAUGAAAAUGUAGACACUAAUAUCUUGGGACAUUCUUUCAAGACAGCAGAGUCUCCUUAUGAUGAACCUGCACCAAUGUCCUCUACCCCAAGUGUUCAGUCUUCCCAAGCCAGUUUUCAAACUUCUCAGUCAAGUGGAGAAGCUUUGUUAGGGGAGUCAGAAGUUUCAGGCUUGGAUGUUGAAUAUGAAAACUAUAAUUAUAAUUCUGUGUAUGAAAAUGUUCAGUAUGGUGCCGAGUAUGAAAAUGUGGAAUAUGGACCAGAGUACCAAAAUGUCGAUUAUGAAACAGAAAGUGAAAACAAAGAUAAAGCAAAAAAGGGAUUAAGUGUAAGAGAAGUAGAAUCUGAUGACAAAUAUAAAACUGUCUGUGCUUCAGAAGUGGAUGAUUAUGAAAAUGUUCGUAUAGUAGAUGAUAAUGAAGGUAUGAUAGUAGAUAGUGUGUAUGAAAAUGUUGAAUCAUCUCCCAAGGAAUCUUUACCAGUGUACGAAAACUUAGAGGAGAGUAGUGAUGAUCAAGACCAAAUUGUGCCUGAUGCAGAUGAUGCCUAUGAAGAAUAUUCAUUUAGAGACCAGCCAAAUUAUGAAAAUAUAGAGUUUAGCUCUUCAGUCUCUACAGUAUCUGAAAAAAUUGUAAGUGACGAUAAAAAAUCUGAAGUUGAGAUUGAGGGGGAAAUGGUGUACCAACAAGUUAAGUUUCUUAGGAAAUCUAUACAAGAGGUAAAUGAAAUGCUUAAGGUAAAUGAUGGAAAUCAGUAUGCUUUAGAACAAUCAGGUGGUGGUGCUGUGGGUAAUAGUGAAAUGGGUACAACUGCACACACAGUGGGCUUACCUGAUAAAUCUUCAGAGCUUCCAGUUAAGGUGCCUCAAAUGGGCAACUUAAGUGUUUCCCAAUUAUGUGAAUCCUUGCCUUGUUCCCAGGAAUUUAUACCAGAGUCUGAGAGGACUGCAGUAGAUGCUGAACUAUAUACUCAGCCUAGUGAGGAUAGUGAAUGCUUAGACUCGCCCAUUACUCCCUCAUCAGUAAGCAUGGCAACUGAGGUCUUGGUUCUACCAUCUUUUGCUUCACCAACAGAAUCCACCACAGAUGAUGUUACAUCUCCAGUGAGUAGUGAUGAUGCCAGUUCUCCUAAACCCCUACAAGAGACCUUGGAUCACUGCUCAUCUUCUCCUUGUACCAUGCCACCCAUUUUGCCAAGCCUUUCUCCACCUACUCCAGAGAAUGUUCCAGUGCCUCCAGCUGCAACGUCUACCCCAAAUAGAGCUUUACCACUACCAAGCAUUUUUAGUCCUGCUCCUAAGCCCAGGACCACUCCUCGCUAUGCUCCUAUUGGUCCACCAGUCCCACGACCUCGUCAAUUACCUAAACCCAACUUAACCUCGCCAUUAAUUUCCCCCGUCUCUACACCAUCAUCUGUAUCCAUCUCUCCAGAUUCUCCUGCAACACCAGGCACUCCCAGUGGUGGAUCUGCUCAGACUACACCAACUGAAGAAAAUGUGCCUCAUUCCCAGAUUUUCCAGCCUAGUCAGUCACUCUUCAGUUUUCAGUGUCAGAAAGCUGAAUCAGGUCACUCAAUUGAACCUAAAAUUCACCAUAAUUUAGGUGAAGUUAAAUCUCAGGUUGAAUCUACAAAAGAUGGAACAUGUGAAUCAGUGUUGUCUGCUGGGUCUGCUUUUUAUGAUUCUAAGCAAUUGACUGAAUCUAAGCCCAUGUUGCCCUCACAGCUUCCCACCAUCCAAAGAUUUAAGAGUUCCCCUGAUUUUAGAUCAACUGCCAAAGACAAUAAGUUUGGCAUUGUUCUUCAGGAAAGUGCAACAAAAGAGGCUGAGGAUACCACUGUAGCAGAACUUGCCAACAUCCUUAGUAAUGCUGAUGAUAUGGACCCACAAAAGAGAGAGAGAAUUGAACAAUACAAAAAGGAAAGACGAUCGUAUUUAAGAGAAAAGUACAAAUCGGAGAGCUUCCGUGGUGGAGAAAAAGACGAGAUGAUCUUGAGACUUAAACAAAAGGCAACAAGUCCAUCUCGACCAGAAGAUGAUGACGAUGGUGAGGACGAAGGUGAAAUUAUUCAAAGAUCAGAUACUGGUUGCACAAUUUCUGGAAGGAGAGAUAGCAUUAGCCCAUCAAAACAACUUCACGAGGUAUAUUCAGGGAGAACCAGCCCAACCAAACAGUUAGGAACUACUAAUGUUGUGGUUGUUGAAAAAUAUAGCAUGGACUCAACAUUUAUACCAGAGAGAAAAGGAGAAGGUGAAGGUUUGGUAUUUAAGAGAAAUUCGCCUGCUAGAAGAAGUCUCAGUGACAUGGGAAGAGUUGGAGAAUUGAAGAGUCCCACAAGAAAUCGCUUCUCAACUGGAAGUCCAACUCCUACUUUCCAGAGAAGCAGUAGUAGUGGCAGCAAUAGCAGCAGUGGUGGCAGUCGACCAACUGAAUUGACAAGUCCACGUUCUUGCUUGAGGAGAUCUCCAGACAAGGAAGUAUUACAGCGACGUUCUAGCACUGGUGAUUCAAAGUCUAGUCCAUCAAGAAAGAAUUCGUCACCAACUAGUCCAUUAAAAUCUCCCUCUGGGACUCCACCUUUUCGUAGAUCAGGUAGUACUCGGGGAAGUGGACGUCACAAGACUGUUAAGGAGGACAUUGAUGAAGAUAUUAAUGUUAAAGAACGUGCUGCUAUGUGGAGUAAGAGUAGAGAAAAACUUACUAGUUUAGAUAAAUUAGAAAAAGAGAUUAAAGCAGAAAAAGUUAUGAGUAUUAAGCAAGAACAGAAGUUGGGAAAGGAUUCAACAACAAGGAAAAACUCUACUCUUACACCUCUUUCUCCUGUACGAAAAACUUCUAUUCCAAAAGCAACCCCAUCUUCCCCUGGCAUUCCCAAAGCAGUCCCAUCAUCCCCAGGAACUUCAAAAUCGAUCUCUUCUCCUGGCAUUCCAAAAGCAACUCCUACCUCUCCGACCAGUGUUUCUAAGAAAUCUACAAGUAAAUUAGGAGAGAGUAGUAGUGAACUGACUGCUGCUGGAAAUGCAGCUGCCAGGGGAAACUCUGGACAGCAAAGACGAAUUAGGGAUAUGGCAGCCAUAUUUGAGAGAGACUCGCCUACAAGUGCCAAGCCAGCUGUUAUUAGACAAAGUUCAAGAGAAGAGAAGAAGGAAAGGUAUUGAAGAAAGUUUGAUGCUGCACAUCCCUAAACACCAAAGAUCAACCUCUCAUCUGAUGCAGUAGCUCCCUCACAAACGCCAGUUGUAAUCACCACUCGGGGAAUGGUUAACAUUUUCAGCCAAUUAGAGGUGUUUAUACUCUUCAACCUUCGACUUCAGCUCUGGAUCCUUGGGUGGUGAUGAAAAUAUGGGUUGCCAUUAUGAACUGCUGCCUCUGCUCUCUACCAAGAACUUGUUGUGGUUACAUUCCAAAUAUUUUUCCUCAUAUGUGCAUGUUAUGAACUACUUUAGAUCUGAUAUUCCCUUCAUUAAUUCUUUCUCUUGCUACAGGCAAGAUUGUGCCAUUGCAACCUAUAGCCAGUUUUGAUCCAGAUUUCACCUAAACCCAGUUUCAAUAUUUCAUACACAUAUGUGUAUGUAUUAUAACUGAAUAUUUUUAAUUAAUGUUUUAUUGCUCAGAUUUCUGUGUCUAUUGUCAUGUUUCUAACUCUUACCAGUGGUGUAAAUAUUACCAUUUUCACUUGUGCAUCCAGUUUGAAGUUCAUAAUUGUGUUCAUUCAGUUUGUUGUUGCUGUGUGUGUGUUGAUUCAGGCAUAACUUUUUAUAUUUUUAUAAAUGUAAUUGGAUUUAUGAUCGGUUUAAAUUCUGACAAUUCUUUGUUUGUAAUAUAUUAAACUUAUUAGAAAACAUGUCUUCAAAGCACAAGAAUAGGAAUAAUUUCAGAUGCUGUGUACCUGAUUCACAGCUAGCUAGGAGAUAAACUAGUUUAUAUCUUGAAAACUAAAAUACCUAUCCAAAGCCUUGAACAAUAAUCUGAUUGUUAAGAUUAGAGAAAUAAGAUACAUCUGGUGCAAAAGUGAUUUCAUAAAAGUCCAUUUGUAUAAAGUAUCAUAACUUGUUUUGAAGAUAUCCAGUGUAAAUACUUGUAUGAAAUAUAAGCAUAAAUAAA